UCGGAUCUCUAGCAAAAUAACUGUGAAGUGAAUUUUGAAAGUGAAUUUGAAUUUGAAUCAUGCCGCCCAAGACUAGUGGAAAGGCAGCCAAGAAGGCUGGCAAAGCGCAGAAAAACAUCACCAAGAACGACAAGAAGAAGAAGCGCAAGAGGAAGGAAAGCUAUGCCAUCUACAUCUACAAAGUGCUGAAGCAGGUCCAUCCUGACACCGGUAUCUCAUCGAAGGCAAUGAGCAUCAUGAACAGCUUUGUGAACGACAUUUUCGAGCGCAUUGCUGCCGAGGCCUCCCGUUUGGCUCACUACAACAAGCGGUCGACUAUCACCAGUCGGGAAAUCCAAACCGCUGUCCGUCUCUUGCUGCCUGGAGAAUUGGCCAAGCACGCUGUCAGUGAGGGAACCAAGGCUGUCACCAAGUACACGAGCUCGAAGUAAUUCGAUUUCUUUGCACAACCUACAUACAAAAAGUAAAAGGCCCUUUUCAG